UCUCUCAAUUAUUCAGACUGUGAACGUCGUCGAGUGAACACGUUGUAUCGUUUCGAGCGCGUCGAUCGCACAACCAAGCAAAAGCAAAGAAAAAAAAACCUGAAAGUGAAAUACUACCAACAACUCAGAGAGACAGUGAAGAAAGUUGUUUUAUCGCAACUGCAACUACGUGAAAGUGCUAAAAACGCUUUACACCCGAAGUGAAUGUGUGUAUAAAGAGAGAGCCCCAAUGUGGUGUCUCCAAGUGUGAAUGAAAGAGAUCUGAGAUUGAACAACACAACAAAACGAAUUUCUAGGAUUACCCGAGCUCCCAGUCCAAGCCGCCAACAUAGCCGAACUAAUCGCCGCCUCGCCCGCCAACACAACGCGCGUAUAUAUGACUAAAAUGAUUCCACCGAUGCCCACCUCAGCCGUCAUGAUGCCCACACCCAAGCAGAAGAUCGGCUUCAGCAUUGACUCGAUUGUGGGCAAUGAUGCAUCGGCCGCUUCUGCCGCCGGCAAUCCACAAAUCAGCCCCGAGCAUACCCAACAGCCGGCAAGUCCAGUGCCCGAACGAAAUGGACCCAGUUCGCCGCCACAAACGCCACCGUCAUCAAUUACAGUGCUGCCCGGUACACCCCCGCAUCAUGUGAUGAAUCCACCUCCUCAUGUCUUGGCCUCUUUGCCCCAUCACAUGGCCCCGCAUCCACAUGCCCAUCUUUCACCGGCCCAGCAACAUGCCCUCCAUCAGCACAUUCUGAUGCAGCAGCAGCAGCAGCAACAGCAACAGGGAACCCCCAAGACACAUCAGGAUAUCCAGGAACUACUCCAACGUCUGCAUCACAAUGCCGCAAUGGCCAGUGGCCUUAGUCCUCUGCAAACUCGUCUCUCGCCCGAUUGUGAUGCCCCACCAUCGGCUGUUGUAUCGCUCAAGCGAGAACGUUCCCCGGAGCCCCCGGCCGUCGAACAAGCCGAGAAUCCCGCCCAGCGCAUUCAGCCCCCGCAUACGCCUCCGAAGUCAGUAUCACCUCAAUCCUCGCAGCCUUCGUCCUCGCCCACACUCCUUGUCAGCAGUCCGCACAAUACGCCGCCACAGCCGCAGAACUUCCCCAAGCCGCCUGUCAUGCAUUCCGCUGGACCAGGACCCAUGAUGAUGCCUGGUAUGCCAGCAGCAGGCCUCGUGCGUCCAUUCCCCAUGGGCCCAGGAGGACCACCGAUGGCACCACCACAAGGACAACCGGGUCUGCCCGAUAUUAAGGCUUUACCUCCGUACAUCAAUGCGCCGCCGCCAGAGUUGCCGCCCCAGCACAAUCCUCACCUGAUUGCCGCCGCUCAGUUCCAUAUGGCUGCCGCCUUGCAAGCCGGUCAUGUUGUGGGUCCACAUGUCACACCCUUCAUGCCCAAUCCAGGAAUGCCACGCGAAAGCUACCCACUCUAUCCCUGGCUAUUGAGCCGUAGUGGUCGCAUCUUUCCACACCGUUUCCCAGGAAGCUUCUUGGUACCUCCUUUCCGAAAGCCCAAGCGAAUUCGUACCGCCUUCUCGCCCUCACAGCUGCUGAAACUAGAGCAUGCCUUCGAAAGCAAUCAGUAUGUUGUGGGAGCAGAACGUAAGGCUCUGGCCCAGUCUCUGAACUUAUCGGAAACUCAGGUCAAGGUCUGGUUCCAGAAUCGACGCACCAAGCACAAACGCAUGCAGCAAGAGGAUGAGAAAGGUGGCGGCUCCUCAGACCGCAAUAUGCACAAUGGCAGCGGCGACGAAGACGAUGAUGAGCUCAUCGACAUGGAAAUGGACGAUUGCCCCAGCGAUGAGGAGCAUGAGCUAGAUGCGAGUCAUUAAUUGUCGACUACAUUCUUGACUUUACCAAUCCCAGAGUUCCUUACUCCUUGCUGCUGCGUAAGAGUCGUUUUCCGCAAGUAACAUAGUUUUGUUGUGAUAUAUUCUUAAUUGGAAGGCCAGCGUUAGGCUUCAUGUAUAUAAUAUAGUAUGAGCGAGAUAAAAAAAAGUAUUUGAACAAUAGAAUAGACCUCCCAUUGACCAGAAUCCCUCACCCCUUCUUCCCCCCCUCCUAAAAAACUGUGCCAAAUCGUAUGAAACCAGGAGGAAAGUCUUGCGUUCGUUUGUUGAGUAGACCUCAAAAAUUACCCCCAGAGAAUCAGAGAACUUUUCGCUUCGCUUAAUCUCUGCCAAAAAAAAAAGAAACACCUACCACAAAAAAUAAAUCAUCAAAAAAAGCAGAGGCAAAAUCAUUAUAAAUCACAUACCUAUACAUAAUUAUUUUAAUUGUACAAAUCUAAUUAUCUAUAAGCGUGUAAAUAUUUAUGACCAGCAAGUGCACAGAACAUUAAUGUUAAUUAGUGAAUUUCAGAAAUCGUGUGCAGGUAUUUAUAUAUAUACAUACAUAUAUAUAUAUGUAUGUCUCUCUAGUUAUACGAUAAACACGAACUUCUAGCAUCAGUUAACUGCAACUUUAAAUUAAUUAACUUUUAAAAGCCAAGAUUGAUGUAGCUUUAGUGUGCUAGCUAUUAAUGAU